AUGGGAGAUUCGAGCUCUGUAUCGGGGUCGUAUCUGGAUGGAUUCAAGGGUUUCUGGAGCGAUAGGUUCUCGUUCCUGGAAAAUUACACGAGGUUCACCAAACGCGACACGCCUCUUCCUUCUUGGUCUUCCUCCGACGUCGACGACUUCAUUGCCUCUGAUCCCGUUCAUGGACCCACCGUAUUUAUCUCUCUCUCUCUCUCUCUCUCCAUUGAUUACCUUUGGAAUUCUCAUCGUGCCUUACCGUGGGUGCUGAAAACGGCUAGGGAAGCUGUGAUGUUUGCUGUCACCGGAACUGUACUUGGAGCUGUAUCUACUGCUGCUAUUGCCUGGAAAUACUCCAGGAGUAGAAGACAUUUUCUUGAUAAAACUUGA